GCCAGCCUCAUCUAAAGUAGCUGAAGGAGCAACCGAACCAAAUCCAGUAGUCCAACAAUGAUACGUCAUUACCUGCUCGUAGCUCUGCUACCGGCGCUCGCCAUGGCAGCCGUCAGUUUCACCGCCUGUCCAAACGGGGCACCCACCCCGGCCACGUUGACCGUAAACGACUGCUCCGGCGAUGUUUGCAAUUUGUAUGCAGGACAACACAUUUCGGCAGUCGCUAGUGGAAUCGUGAGUCCCGCCGACAGUGCCAGCGUCGCGGCUCACAUUUCGGCCUUCCUCGGAGGGUUGGAUCUUGGCUUCGAGAUCCCGCCACAUCUGGCAGAUGCCUGUGCUGUCGGGAUCGAAGGCGGUUGUCCACUGAGUGCCGGAAUGACUUUCAGCUACUCGCUGAACGCGGAUUCCCUGGAAGCUCCGGCUCGAGGCGUUCCGGUUGAGAUUGAGGUCGGUCUGAUCGGUGACGGAGGUGUGGCUUUGGCUUGCCUGCGGUUUAAUGCUGUUGUUAAUUAGAUUGGGUCUGGGACGGGACCUGCGGAAAGAAAAAAAAGCGUGUCAACUUGAUCCAGCACGCAAAUGUCAAAUUGAACCGGCUGUCCUCAGAGUGAUUACUAUGGGGAGUAUUCUAUUUGAAAUUAAGUAAAUGCUAACUUUUUUUUUCAAAUAUUUCAAUAAAUUAUUCAUUAGAUCAAUAAUGAUAGUGGAGAUGAUAGUGCUUUCAUUAAUUUCGAGAUCGUCAAUUCUUGUGAACUUCUCCCACUGUUCUCACAAAUCGGGAUUCACCGGAAAAUGGUGAAAAGUCAUCUCCGGAUUUUUCGCUUUACUACGACCGCAAUUUUUGACCUUGCACUUCAUGAUAAUGGAUUCACAA